UGAUUUGUAUAAUAGGUAUAAUAAGGAUAUGUAGUUCUUUUGAAAGUUUUAGUCGUCGCUGAACUGACGAGGAGUAUGGAAAGAAAGAGAUCAGACGACAUUGUGUCACUUGAUUCGUGGAAUGAAGCCAUCUCGACACCUGAGAGUGAAUCACCGAAAUCUCCAGCGGAUGCGUUCAUGUCAAUCAUGGAGGAAGCGAACGGUGGUAAAACUUACGGGAAAAAACGAUCUGCUGCUAGGAGAAAUCAUCGCAGUAGAUCUCACAGUGACCGCGACAGGAAUCAGGUGAAACAAACAAACGCAUUGAUACUAAGUCCUUCAAAGUUUCUUGACCAAAACAAUACAACUAGUUCGACAGAAACGUCAACAGGUGCUUUUGAGUCACGAGAUCCUGACGUAUUUCAGGACACAUUAAUAGAACGAGAUACACUUAAUGGUGCAUCUGCUAAAACUAAGCGUGAAAAUGAAUUUGGGAAGAAAGUUUCCGAACAAUCUCGUCUGAGUUCAGUGAUAUCUAAUGAAGAUAACCGACAAGCAAAGAUAGUUCAGGGUUGGGUAGGAGAGGUAAAGGAAGAUGGAUCCCAAAAUACUUGUCAAAGACAUAGAUAUCAGAAACAUAAACACCACCAACAAUCGUAUGAUCGCUGUCAACAGCAACAGUCUGGCAGUGGUAAACCCAAAGUGAUGUCACAGUCAUGGCAGACACAACCUCAUCAAUAUCAUCCUCAGCACCAUCCACGUCAUUACCACCACUCACGACAAAACCAAUGGAUGGGCCAUGAGCGACUCAACAAUGUUUUGCAAUAUCCCUCAACAGCUACAUAUCCCCCAUCUGCCAGAAAUACAUCCCAUUCCUCUCAGAAUGACGAAGAUAUUGACCAAAGCGAAAAAAUGAAAAACAAAAUAUUGUCUGUUUGGAACAAUGUCCGAUAUGGUUGGACACUAAAGACUAAAACCAAUUUUAAAUGUGAUAGUCCCAUAUUUCUUCUUGGCCAGUGCUACCAUAUCAGACCAAGUGAUGAUAAUCCACUUCCUGGUGAAAAAAUAUGCAUGGUCCCAACUGUGGAAAAAUUUAAACAGGACUUCUCUAGCCAGCUGUGGUUCACCUAUCGUCAAGACUUCCCAGCCAUUGCUGGCACAAAGCUCACCUCUGACUGUGGAUGGGGCUGCAUGCUGAGAAGUGGUCAGAUGAUGGUAGCAAGAGCUUUUGUCAACCACUUUCUUGGCAGAGAUUGGAAUGUGUUUAGAGAUCAGUCAGUUGGAGAAGAAACAUUUAGAAAACAAAUCAUUCGAUGGUUUGGAGAUUUUCCUAGUGAACAAUCCCCUUUCUCUAUUCAUCACUUGGUGGAAAUUGGAAAGAAACUUGGAAAAGAUCCAGGUGAUUGGUAUGGGCCUUCCUCUGUUGCACACAUUUUGAGAGAUGCGAUGCUUAGAGGUUACUCAGCUCAGCCAGUCCUAGCCAAUAUCUGUUUAUAUGUGGCACAAGACAGCACAGUGUAUAAGCAGGAUAUUUAUGACAUGUGUUGUAAAAGAUCAAGAAGUGUUACACAUCUAACAAGCUCCACAGAAUCAGAAACCGAAGGGGCAAAAAAUAAGUCGCCCUCAGAAGAGGAGGAUGAGUGGAAAAGAGCAGUGAUAAUUUUAGUGCCAAUACGUCUGGGGAGCGAGGAAAUGAAUCCAGUAUACGGACCAUGCAUCAAAAGCCUUCUCGCUCAGGACAACUGUAUUGGUGUUAUAGGUGGGAAACCUAAACACUCACUCUACUUCAUAGGUUUCCAGGAUGACAAACUGAUCUACCUUGACCCUCAUUACUGUCAGGAUGCUGUAGACACGAGGGAGAGAAACUUUCCUGUACAGUCUUAUCAUUGUUUAUCACCGAGGAAAGUUGCUUUAUCAAAGAUGGAUCCCAGCUGUACUGUAGGUUUCUACUGUAAAACCAAGAAGGAGUUUGAAACUUUUGUUUCACAGUCUGAAGCGAUGGUGUCACCACCCAAACAGAAACUGUCUUAUCCGAUGUUUGUGUUCAGUGAUGGACGUGGCUCAGAGCUUACUCUUGACAGUCUGAACCUUGAGGAAGACAAACUGUUACGUAUCCGACAUGUCAAAACAGAUCAAUAUGGUCGUGUACGGUCAUCAACGGUUGAUUCAGAGGAAUUUGUGGUGUUGUACAAACCUGUUGAGAUUGUCCGAAAUAAUAAACUAAUAACUGAAAACCUCAUUAGGAAGCGAGCAGAGCACAACAACCUAGAGAUUUCAACAUUGGAAGAAGUGUCUCUCCAUCAACAGGACAUUGAAAAGAUUGAGUAUAUUGACAAAUGGUGUAAGGAGCUGAAGAUUCUUUACUUACAGAGUAACCUUAUCCCCAAAAUAGAAAAUGUUUCAAAGUUAAAGAAAUUAGAAUAUCUUAAUCUUGCUCUCAACAAUGUAGAGAGGGUAGAGAAUUUAGAAGGGUGUGAAUCACUUCAGAAAUUAGAUUUGACUGUUAAUUUUGUUGGAGAAGUUACCAGCAUCGAAUGUCUGAAAGACCUUGUUCAUUUUAAUGAAUUGUACCUGACAGGCAACCCAUGUGCUCAGUUUGAGGGCUAUCGACAGUAUGUCAUUGCAACUCUCCCGAGAUUGAAGAGGUUAGAUGGAAUUGAAGUAGAAAAAUCAGAAAGAAUCCUUGCCAGUCAGGAGUAUGGUGAAGUUAGAGCUGAAAUUAUACGUCAACAAAAACAGUACAAGAAAAAAAGAGAAAAAGAGAAAAGAGAAGCCAAAUUGAAGGACGAACAAGAGAAAAACGAAAAAGAACAGCAGGAAGAAAAAAAGGAGGAGAAGCCAGGAUUUGAUGGGCGUUGGUAUACUGAUAUAAAUGAAAGUGACAAAAAAUUAAGUCAAGAAGAGAAAAAAGAAGCUGGAGAAAAAAAGAAAAAAGAAUUUCUUGAGAAGGAAAAAGAUGAAGAUCAGAAAGAAAAGGAAUACUGGGAGACACCAUCUGCUUAUACCCCAGAGUCGAGAUUGGAGGUACACAACCAUUUGAAAGAACAACGAGAACGCAAGGACGGACCAAAAGAAAAACCCAAGCCUCCACGACGUCUGUUUAUGGACGAUGGGCGUCCUCUGAAUGUUAAUGAGGCAAAAGUUGAAUUCAGUCUCAUUGAUGAUGAGGAAAACAACUGUUAUGUUCUGGAUAUAGCUGUGUUUAAACAUAUGGACACAUCUUUGAUUGAUGCUGAUGUUCAGACCAAUUAUGUUCGUAUUACUUUGAAAGGCAAGAUUUUCCAACUGUGCCUGGAUGAGGAUGUAAAUGCUGACUCAAGUACAGCAAAGAGGUCACAGAUCACUGGUCAUCUGUUGGUCACUAUGCCUAAGGCAAAGCCAUUACUGACAGCAUCCAAACCAAAAUCAGUUCAGGAGAAGAACAAAGAAAAUAAAGAAAACAAGAAAACAGAGAAGCAGAAUACUGGUAAGACAAAGGAAGAGAAAUUGGAAGUGGAUGCAUCUGUACAUAAGACAGUUGACAUUGCUGGUAUCAUGGAAAACAGUAAAAAAACUGUUCCACCACUUGGUUCAAAUAUCCGACGUCCAGUGAAAGAACGUCCAAACAGUGACGACUUUGUUGACGAUCCAGAUGUUCCUCCUCUGAUGUGA